GAUUUAGUGAAAAAUGAGUUGAGAUGUGCUGGGAGCGGAUUCUGGCUCCACGCAGAAACAACAACCUAUUAAAGGUGUCAUAAAUAUCAACUAUCAAGAUGAUGUACCACCAAAUAUACUCAACAAUUUUCUUCUUGAGCUGGGCAAAUGCCUGGAUCCAGAAUCCAGACCCAAGAAUGCACACAACAUACAAAGAAGAACAUGUGGAAAGAUUUCUUGGAAAUGAUUCGUUUGUUGAUUACUUCAAGUUACUUUACAAAAAUCAACAUUCAUUUCUAGUUGGAUCUAGGGAUGUUGUAUAUAACAUAAGCUUAAAGAAUUUAGUUGAGAACAGAGCUCAUAGAAUCUAUUGGCCUCCUUCUGGUGCUCAUAAAGAGCUCUGUUACCUGAAAGGAAAAUCAGAGGAAGAUUGUCAUAAUUAUAUCAGAGUUGGAGCUAAAAUUGACGAAGAUCACAUAUUUAUAUGUGGAACUAAUGCUUAUAAACCACUCUGUAGGACCUUUAAAUAUGGGGAAGAUAAAGAAUACAAAAAUAUUAAAGAAACUGAAGGUCUAGGAUGGUGCCCAUAUGAUCCAAAUCACAAUAGUACUGCUGUUUAUACAGAUGGUCAUUUUUAUGUUGCUACCGUUGCUGAUUUUGGAGGUGUUGAUCCUCUAAUUUACAGAGAACCUCUAAGAACUGAAAGAUCUGACCUUAAACAACUGAAUGAUCCUAAUUUUGUGAGUUCAAUGGAUUAUGGCAGCUAUGUUUUAUUUUUCUUCCGGGAACCAGCUGUUGAAUUCAUUAACUGUGGAAAGGUAAUAUAUUCAAGAGUGGCAAGGGUUUGUAAACAAGACAAAGGGGGUCCACAUCAAUUUGGUGAUCGUUGGACAUCAUUUCUCAAAGCAAGGCUAAACUGCUCCAUGCCAGGAGACUAUCCUUUCUACUUCAAUGAAAUACAAUCCACUAGUGAUAUUGUUGAAGGGAUUUAUGACUCAAAUCCAACAAAAGUCAUUUAUGGAGCAUUUACAACUCCUGCUAAUUCCAUUGGGGGUUCUGCAAUUUGUGCAUUUUCACUUGAUGAUAUAAUGAGAACAUUUGAUGGCCCGUUCAAGGAACAGUCAAACAUGAAUUCCAACUGGCUACCAGUUCCUCCAACAAAGGUGCCACAACCAAGGCCAGGUGUAUGUGUAAAUGACAGUCGUACAUUGCCAGACAUUUCAGUAAAUUUUGUUAAGGCACAUCCUUUAAUGGAUGAAGCAGUUCCAUCAUUUUCUCAGCCAUUACUCAUUAGAGUUAGCUUAAGGAACCGCUUUACUGCUAUUGCUGUGGAUCCUCAGGUGAAAACACUCAAUGGCCAAGCAAUGGAUGUAUUGUUUAUUGGUACAGAUGAUGGACGCAUCAUCAAAGCAGUGAAUCGUGGCAUGGGUAAGCCUGGUGCUGCACUUUUUACAGAAGAAAUUCAAAUAAGUAAUUCAAAUUCUGCAAUAAAAUCAUUGACUGUGGUUCGACACGAAACUGAUGUACCUAAACUAUUGAUUAUAACCAAUGAAGUAAUUCACUCCAUUCCCCUUUAUCGUUGUUCUACAAUUACAACAUGCAGAGAAUGUGUAGGAAUUCAAGACCCAUACUGUGCAUGGGACCCUCAAACUGAAUCUUGUAUUGCACAUAACCAGUUCAAUGGUAAUACAAAACAAUUUUUGCAAAAUAUUAUUAGAGGAUCUCAUCCAUCAUGUCAACCUCCAGGUCAACUAAAAUCAGCAGUAGCAGUUCAUCCUUUAGAAGGAGAAGAAGAAAUGAAUGAUGUCAUGGAUAAAGAUGGUAGCCUUUGCCCUAAAUGUACAAUAUGUAAUACAAACCUCUGCUCAGUUAAUGAAGUUGGUGGAGGAACGCAAGAAAAGAUUGUAAUUUAUACUGCUGACACAUUAGGUCUUGUUGUUACUACAGCUGUAUUAGCCACUUUAGUUGUUGGAUUCGUAGCUGGUUAUUUAUGCUCUAGACAUUUCAGACCAGAUAAUGCGUAUACAAAUAUGCCUUUACAUCAUCAGCAUAACAGCCCACUAAAUGGAGAAGGUGCAUCAUAUCUCUCACCAUGUGCAAACAAUAAAUCUAUUAAUCUGCUUGUUAACGUACCACCAAAAAAUGCCAAUGACAAGAAUGCAAAUACAUCUUCAGAAAACAAUAAAACUUUGCAAAAAGUGAAGAAAACUUACAUUUAGAACUAAUUUAUCAAGUAGUACUCCAACUAUAAAUCAAACCUUUUUUAAUUUAUUAGAUUCUUUCAACUAAAAGAAUUUUUGAAAUUCAAUAAGCUGUUAACGUGGGUAUAAUUUUUUUGAUUCUGACUUCAUAGCAAGUUUUUUUUUUCUGCCUCAUGAUGGUUCAACUACCAGUUAAAAUUCAUUAACAGCUAGUAAACUUAUUUUGGUUUACUAAAGUGUUUAUUGUUACUGCGGUCCCUGCAAUAUUAAUAAAUCAUGAAAUAAAUAUAAAAUUGGCUUUUAUGUAAAAAACUUGUCUAAUCAUAUGCUUUGUGUAUUCAGAAAAAAUGGUCUGCUUGAUUCUAUAUAAUUAAGCUUUAUUACUAAAAGUACAUAUAUUAUCUGUAAAUUCUUUCAAAUCAAACUUUUCUACUAAAGAGCCCAAUUGCAGAGUACCUAAAUGUUUUAAUUGACAAAAACACAUUUAGAAGUUUCUUCAUUUGAUGAAAGAGAAGUGAAUUUUGCUGAAUAGCUACAAUUAUUUUAGCUCUUCUUAUCAAAAAUGUUAUUGUGAGAUUUUACUGUUUACAUAAAUUCAUAAUUGAAGACAUUAGGAGUAAUGUGUUUUCUAUUCAAUAAUCACAAUGAUAUGUGAUCUCAUUUAUAGUUCUUAUUUAUCUUAAUGAACUGAUUAAUUUAUUGUUAGUUUUAUUUGAAAACAAAUUAAAGUUACAAUAUUCAUAAUAGAUUUGCAAAGG